AUUGGUGACAAACAUGAAGCUGCUCGUCCUGGUGGCUCUGUUCGGCCUCGGCCUCGCUCAGCACGACCCCAACCUCAAGUAUGGACGGACCACCAUCGUCCAGCUGUUUGAAUGGCGCUGGGCCGACAUCGCUGCAGAGUGCGAGCGCUUCCUCGGCCCCAAAGGAUUUGGUGGUAUUCAGAUCUCCCCACCACAGGAGCACAUCAUUCUGAACAGUCCCUGGAGGCCCUGGUGGCAGAGAUACCAACCAAUCAGCUACAACCUUUGCUCAAGAUCUGGCAGUGAAGCCGAGCUGAAAGACAUGGUCACCAGAUGCAACAACGUCGGGGUCAACAUCUAUGCGGACGUCGUCAUCAAUCACAUGUGUGGAAUAACGGGAGGCGAGGGAACACACUCGUCAUGUGGAAACUGGUUCAACACCGGUACAAGAGACUUCCCCAGCGUGCCUUAUUCCAGCUGGGACUUCAAUGAUCACAAAUGUGGGACUGGCAGCGGUGACAUUGAGAAUUAUGGUGACAAGUAUCAGGUACGUGACUGCCGUCUGGUGGGUCUGCUGGACCUCGCCCUGGAGAAGGACUACGUCAGGGGAAAGUUGGCCGAGUACUUGAACAAGCUGAUUGACAUCGGGGUGGCUGGAUUCCGAGUGGACGCCAGUAAACACAUGUGGCCCGGCGACGUGCAAAAUGUCUACAGUCGUCUGAAAAAUCUCAACUCCCAGUGGUUCCCCAGUGGCUCCAGACCCUUCAUCUACCAGGAGGUGAUUGAUCUUGGAGGUGAAGCUAUCUCAUCUCGCGAGUAUUUCCAUCUGGGAAGAGUGACAGAGUUCAAAUACGGCGCCAAACUAGGAAACGUCUUCAGAAAGUGGAACGGAGAGAAGCUGUAUUACACCAGCAACUGGGGAGAAGGAUGGGGCUUCAUGCCCGACGGCAAUGCUGUCGUCUUCGUCGACAACCACGACAAUCAGAGAGGACACGGUGCUGGCGGAGCGUCCAUUAUUACCUUCUGGGACUCCAGACUCCACAAGAUGGCUGUGGCCUACAUGCUAGCCCACCCCUAUGGAGUAACCAGGGUCAUGUCAAGCUUCCGCUGGAACCGCAACUUCGUGAAUGGAAGAGACCAGAACGACUGGGUUGGCCCUCCCAGUUACAGUGAUGGAUCAACCAAGCCUGUUCCCGUCUAUCCUGACCAGACAUGUGGAGAUGGAUGGGUGUGUGAGCACAGAUGGCGUCAGAUCACGAACAUGGUCAUUUUCCGCAAUGUGGUGAGUGGACAGCCUCACAGCAACUGGUGGGACAACCAGAGCAACCAGGUUGCGUUCGGACGCGGCAAUCGUGGUUUCAUCGUCUUCAACAAUGACGACUGGAACCUGGAUGUCACCCUGAACACUGGCCUGCCCAGCGGUACCUACUGCGAUGUCAUUUCUGGCCAGAAGGAAGGGAGUAGAUGCACUGGGAAGCAGAUCUCUGUUGGGGGUGACGGACGCGCCCACUUCCACAUCAGCAACAGCGAGGAGGACCCAUUUGUUGCUAUUCAUGUUGAGUCCAAGCUAUAA